GGACGGAGCGCGGGGGCGCCGGGCCCGGCGCGGCCUCAGAAGAUCUUCAUGUAACUGGCUGAAAAAUGGUUCUGCAAGAUGACAGCAUCAACUCUAAGACUGUUGGAAUGGAGACUAUCUUCACUUUGACAUGAAGUGUGAAGUUUGUUAGUCACCACUUUUGUUUCUUUUUUACAGUUAUUGUGGAAGGUUCCAAAUGGUGUGGGUUUUUAUCAUGAACAGGAUGAGCUCCCAGAGCAGCUCAUCUGCCCAGCGCAGGCGAAUGGCUCUAGGAAUUGUCAUUCUCCUCCUGGUUGAUGUCAUCUGGGUGGCCUCUUCAGAACUCACUUCUUAUGUUUUUACAAGGUACAACAAACCCUUUUUCAGUACAUUUGCAAAAACAUCCAUGUUUGUUCUAUACCUCCUGGGAUUUAUUGUUUGGAAGCCAUGGAGGCAACAGUGUACUCGUGGGUUUCGUGGAAGGCAUGCAGCUUUUUUUGCAGAUGCUGAAGGUUAUUUUGCUGCUUGUACAACAGAUACCACUGUGAACAGUUCUCUGAGUGAACCUUUAUAUGUUCCUGUAAAGUUUCAUGAUUUGCCAACUGAAAAAAAUGGCAGUAAUAGUAAUGAUGCAGAGAAAACACCCAAGAAGCCUCGUGUGAGGUUCAGUAACAUCAUGGAGAUCCGUCAGCUGCCAUCAAGCCAUGCUUUGGAGGCAAAGCUGUCCCGCAUGUCCUAUCCAACAGUGAAGGAGCAGGAAUCCAUCUUAAAAACUGUGGGAAAACUCACUGCAAGCCAAGUAGCAAAAAUUAGCUUUUUCUUUUGCUUCGUGUGGUUCUUGGCAAAUUUCUCGUACCAAGAAGCUCUGUCAGAUACCCAAGUUGCCAUAGUUAAUAUCUUGUCAUCAACCUCUGGGCUUUUUACAUUAAUCUUAGCUGCAGUCUUCCCCAGUAACAGUGGAGAUCGGUUUACCCUGUCCAAAUUAUUAGCUGUUAUUUUAAGCAUUGGUGGUGUGGUACUUGUUAACCUUUCUGGAUCUGAAAAAUCUGCUGGAAAAGAUACAAUAGGUUCCAUUUGGUCCCUUGUAGGAGCAAUGCUGUAUGCUGUCUACAUAGUCAUGAUAAAAAGGAAAGUAGAUAGAGAAGAUAAACUUGACAUACCAAUGUUCUUUGGUUUUGUAGGACUGUUUAAUCUGUUGCUGCUGUGGCCAGGGUUCUUCCUGCUUCACUAUACUGGGUUUGAAGCAUUUGAGUUUCCCAAUAAACUGAUAUGGAUGUGCAUUGUCAUAAAUGGCCUUAUUGGAACAGUUUUGUCAGAGUUCCUCUGGCUGUGGGGCUGCUUUCUUACCUCAUCUUUGAUAGGCACACUUGCCCUAAGCCUUACAAUACCUCUGUCCAUAAUAGCUGACAUGUGCAUGCAAAAGGUGCAGUUUUCCUGGUUAUUUUUUGCAGGAGCAGUACCUGUAUUUUUUUCAUUUUUCAUUGCAACUCUCUUGUGUCACUAUAACAACUGGGAUCCAGUGAUGGUGGGAAUCAGAAGAAUUUUUGCCUUUUUUUGUAGGAAACAUCGAAUUCAGAGAAUGCCAGAAGAGAGUGAGCAGUGUGAAAGCCUCAUCCCUAUGCAUAGUGUUUCACAGGAUGGAGAUGGCUGCUGUUCAUAGACAAAAGUUUAAAAAUGGAAUGAUGCCCAGCGAAGAGACAAUCUUCUGGAAAAGUCCCUAAGGAAUCGUGUUUCAGUGCCUAUUCUGAAUUUGUAGUAAAAAUAAGAAGUUUCAGUUCUUUUGAAACUCUAAACUUUUUCUCUUGCUUGCUUUCAUCUGAUUUUAUAAAUGAACAGAUCUACUACUUGCCUGUCACCAUGGGAGUCUUAGUCCAUCUGAGCAACCAACCUGCCUUAUAACACUUGAGCUGGUGACAUUACUUGACAAAAUCAAGAAAGCAAAUGCUGUUAAGUGAUUUCUUUCUUUUUUUAAGUCACAAUUUUGUUAAAUGCUGGACAAUAUUAUUUUUAAAAGAUACUUUAAAGUGAGUUAUGUAAAUAAGUUUGCAGGUCAUCAAGUCUUACAGGCUUUCAGAUGAAAAGCUAAAUAGAUAUGUUACCUGUAGUAGGUACAAAUUAAAUUUUUUAUGUUGUAUAAACUAUUUGCAUAUUAAUAGAUGAAAAUGGAAAAAUAAUUUAUUAAGUGCAUUCCUAUAAUUCCUGAGGCAGGAUCUUUGUAUGGUCCUGGAACACUACAUAUACAAUGUCUUAGGCCAUUUUGAGUAGCCUUGUCAUGGCAAUGGGUGCUGAUGUUUAAAAACGAAAAAAACUGCCCAACAAUCAGGAAUGCUUAAAAUUUCAGUGAAUGGUUAACUAUUUCUAAUUACAAUACAUUUGGGUAUACAUUCUUAUACAUGGUUUAAAACAGACUGGUUCUGUAACCCAUUCUCAAUCCCAGUUGUCUCUCAGACAUGGAAAUUUUCAGGUGUAGCUGCCACAUUGUGAAAGAGAUCAAAUUAAUUGUGAAAGUUUUCAAUCAGUGGGUUGGCACUACACUAAUCUGCUAAGCAAUAUGAAGAGGAAAGGUGUUUGCAUUGAUUUUUCUUUCCCCCCAGCUGUAUUAAUAAAUUUAUUCUAAAACUGAUAAUUAUCUUCCUUCCACUGCAGUGUUUAAUCCUUUUGACUCCAGAGAAGCUAUUAUAAUUUUAUUCAGGAAUAUUUGAAAUUAGUCAAUGCUAUUUUUCAGCUCCUGGCUUAUAAGACACUUAGAUCAAAGUUAAUUUUGGCUUUUGAUGGAUUUGAGUUUUUUUAUAAUGAAUGUGAGAUGGAUUUUUAGCCAGGAGUAUUUUCUUCCACAUAACAAGGUUAUUAAUAAUGUAGGGUAUUUCUACUGUCUGUCCACACAAAUAUAGAAGGAUGACAUAGCAGAAAUGCCUCUUCACGUUUUGGCACUCAGUAAUAAUCCUUCCAAAAGCAAUUUUUGUGUUUUGGUAAUAUAACUGUUAUUUAAGAGGUAAAGCAGGAAAGCAACAUGCUUAAGCUCUACAUUUAUAGAAGAAUUCGAGCCAGCAGCUGGAAUUUAAUAUAAGCAAUGUGUGUAGAGUAGGAAGACAAAAUGAACCUGGGGCUAUUCUCUUCAAGUAUUUAACCUUUAUCAAGUUUUUCCUUCUUGUUUUUAAUACUGGAUUGCACUAUAAACUUUGGUGAUCUGAGGCAUGUCUUUAAGAUGAGAUAGUAAGUCCUUCCUGGACCCUAAAUAAGAAUUAAAAAAUACUCAAAACCAACCACAACAAAAUCACAAACCCAAAAGAGACAAGAAAGUAAAUUAAAUUUCACAGUUAAAUUUCCAAACCCAAGUAGAGGGGUCGGAAAUGCAGUAUGUUGAACUAAUUUUAUUUUGGUUGAGUUUUCAGGCAUUUCUUGAUCAGUGGAGCUUCCUUAGGUUUUGGAUUUGUCCUUCAAAAUUAUGACAAAUUUAGAGGAUGUUUGCUUCAACAUUUUUUCAAAAAGUAUCAUUAAUGCCUACUUACAA